ACUAACUGAAUAUCGACGGGUAUUUGUUUUCACUUUGUGAAAACUUCAUAACGCAACUGAGCGCUCUGGGAUUAACAAUUUAAUUGAAAAUGGGUUGGAUCAUAUCGCAUGAUUGGCGGAAAUUGGCAAUGUUGUUCGUGUGUCUGUCCGUUUGCGUAAAAGCCACCACGGACACGGAGUACAAAUAUGCGAGACAGAGAGACCUUCUGGAAGAGAAGGAACGAGCAUACGCAGCCAACAAUCUUGUUCUGUCAAAGGAUGAAAACAUUGUUAAGGAUUAUCUCGACUUUCUUAAACGCCAAGAAUUUGAGCGAACCCGACACGACUUUCCACCGUCACGUCCUAUCGAACUGGUUCUCCCUACAAUUCGGACGUCAAAAGUUUACUCCGUGUUAAAGAAACUGCCGAAAGGAGGGAAUAUGCACAUUCAUCAAGGUCACUUUCUAGACAAAAGGGUUAUGCUUGACAUCAUCUACAACAGUGACCUGCGGAACUACCUGUACGUUAACAACAAGUGGGAGCUAAACUUCUUUAACACUGCUCCCUCGGGUUGGCGAUUAGCGAACCGAUAUCCCAUUAAGAGUCAUAUACUUUCACACAUAACUCUGCUAAAUGUUAUGGAUGAUAACGCCAAAGCACGGCCAACUGACUCUGAUACUCGCUGGGUCGAAAUGGGCCCAAUGUUUGAUUUAGCGGGAAAUACCUUGACACAUUUUCAAGGAUAUAUUCGGCAUCACUUGCGAGCAAUGUUUCAAGCGGCUUUAGACGAAAAUGUCCAGUACCUUGAAGCCAGGUUUGGCGCAAAGGGUCUAUAUGUUCUAGACGAUUCAUCGCCUGGUGGUCACAAGAAUUUGGACACAGACGGCAUACCUGACUCAUGGUUUAAGGUCGUCCGUGACGAACUGGAUAAAUUCAAAACCGAACAUCCAGAAUUUAUUGGUUAUAGAGAUAUAAUCGUCGGAAAACGAUUCCAGAGUAGGGAAAAAGUAAUGAACGGUAUUAAUCUCGCUAUAAGGCUACGAAAUAAAUAUCCGGAUAUUGUCUCUGGAUUCGAUCUAGUUGCUGAAGAGGAUAAAGGUUAUUCACUUCUUCAUUUCAUUGACGAUCUUGCCGAAGCAGGCAACCAGAGUGUCCAGUUUUACUUUCACAAUGCUGAAACCAACUGGCCGGAUGAUAUAUUGGCUUCUACAAACCCUGGCGACGAGGUUUCAGCGCUACAGAAUGUCUAUGAAGCUUUAAUUCUUAAUACAAAACGAGUUGGACACGGUCUCGGCUUUAUAAAACAUCCCUAUCUCAUGCAGGAAUUGAAAGAAAGGCGAAUCGCUGUUGAAGCCAAUCCAGUAAGUAACAUGCUGCUAGGAUACGUCACAGAUCAGCGUCACCAUCCAGCUAUGACCUAUAUUCGGUCUGGAAUACCAGUUGUCAUGGGCGCAGAUGAUCCAGGCGCGAUGGGUUAUAACGAGUUCACGGUAGACUGGUAUGAAGCAUUUAUGGCUUGGGGACUGAAUUUGAAGGACUUAAAGCAACUUGCAAUCAACUCCUUGACUUACAGCACCAUGAAUCAAAGUGAAAGAAAAGCGGCACUGCAAAAAUGGCAAAGGGCCUGGGACACAUUCAUUACGGACUUGAAAAGCGAAGCUUGCAGUCUUCAAACUAGCUCACCAGAUCCAGGGGUGUUUAGGAUAUUUCCAAAUGCAGGGCCACUUAAUGAGGUCACAAAGGUCCGAGUAUUUGGUAGAAACUUUCACAGAGCAAUUUGCAAAAAUAUUGUCUGUCAAUUUGGAGGAAAAAAUACAACCGGGGAGUAUGUGCACACAACUAUGGUCAAAUGCCCAACGCCAGAUACGUAUAGCAAGAGCCAGACGAUUGAAUUCAAGAUUUCAUUCGACUCGGGAAAUACAUUACUGCGUGGAAUUGAUAUGAGCCUUAAUUUUACUUUUUCUGAAACCAUAGUGUCAGGCGGCUAUUCCUGCCUAGGUGUUUGCCCAUCACGGCUGUUACUUCUUUUAUUUGCGACUUUAGUUCCAUUUCAAAUUUAGAGUCUGUAUCUUCUUGGCUUGUUAUUAAUUAAACAUCAAUAUAGUGUGUGUUUUUAUAGUUGUUCUAUUUAUUGAUGGAAGGCAUUUAAUAGAAAGAAAACAGAAAAAAUAGUUUUUACUUAUUAAGCAUUAACAGCUUAUUGUCACAUUACACAAAUAUAAAACACAUAUAUUAAAAUUCAAAUAUUGUAUCGAGUAUUGCCAAAUAAACUUAUACCAUAUACAUAAACUUAUAAACUUAUAAACUUAUACCAUAAUACAUCAUAUUGUAACACUUUUGAUUAUUCAUUAUUGUUGUGUGUGCAACUUCAUUGGCAUAACUAUUUUAAGGAUUUAGCUUAAAUACAAUAAUUAUUUAGAGAUUUGACGUCACUCUUUUUCUUUAGUUUUCUGAUAUGUGGCGCUUUUUAGCGCUUUCAUUGUUAAGCGCGCCGCCAGCCGAUCAGUGUUUAUAUUUUAAAUUUGGACCGGCCCUUGCUCCCCUUUUAUAAAUUUAAUUAAUAGGUUUUGUCUUAUCGUUUUGUUUCUUUAUAUAUUUAGGAUGCUGUGCUUAUAAUUGUGUGUCAUGAUCAUAUGUAAUGAUUCGUAUUGCUCAUAAUGCAUCAUAUCUUUAUUUAGUUUUACUUUGUUGUUAAUACUUGUGUUGCAUGGCGUGUUAUGAGACUGCAUGUAUACAACCUCUUUGUAUAAUUCACAUUGCAACUUCUUUUUUCGGCCAAAUUGUUUUAAACGUUUAUUUUAUUUCCUGGUUUUGUUUUUCUGUGUUCCAGGUUCAACACUCUGAGCGUCUAGGAUAAUUAUAUAUAACUAGUAGCUGUUAUUUCCCACAUAUUUUUAUUGUACUCGUGUGUGUCUGCGUUUGAAUGGUAUGUUUAAUGAAAAUAUAUAUAAAAAAAGAGAACAGUUGUGGUGACUAUGCAUUUUAUGCAUAUAUUCUCUUUUAUUCCACUUUUCAGUGAUUUAACAUAUGAUAUA